AUGAUCUUCACUCGGUGUCGUGAGGAGGCCAAAAUGGCGUUGAAUGCCACCCACACACUCGCGAUGCGUCGGCUUUGCGUGUGCGACGGCACGCGCUGCGCAUCGCGUCCACAACGCGCUGAAGAAGGCUUAAGCCGAGUGCGCCGGGCUCAUUUGUUGCUACUGAUGUGUGUGUGUGUGUGUGUGUGCCCUUUACCGCCUCAUGAAGUGCUAUGGUGCGACGACGUCGCAACUUGGGGGUGCUUCGAGACGUUCGUGAGCUUCUUAUACGUAACGAUGUACCAAAAUUCUCCUUUUCUUUUGCUGUCCAGUUUGGCCCUCAAAAGUAGUACUCAGUAG